UAUUUUUAUUGUCUCUUGAUUGGUCCAUUACAUGUCAUCCUCGGUAUUCAAUUUACUUGAAUGUUUGUAUAUAUAGGGAAAGCCGGACCUCAAAAAGAUAUCAGUGUUCAUUCAGCUAGCGAACUUGUAGCGUGUAAUUCGUUUUUUUUUUUUCUCCUCAGAAAACAAUGAAAGUGUUCAUCACCCUGUCCGCUUUGGUAGCCAUGGUGGCUGCUGGUGGAGAUCAUUAUGUGGAACACAAGCACAUUCCAAUCGUCCAUAGCGAGUUGGCGCAAAGCAAUGAUGGUACCUUCAAGUUUGGAUACGAAUCGGCCAAUGGAAUUGUCGUACAGGAGGCAGGACAUGUCAAGAAUUUCGGCAGCAAGGAUCAUGAGGCCAACGUUGCUCAGGGAUCUUACUCGUACGUUGAUCCCCAUGGUGAAGUAGUUUCUGUAAGCUACGUUGCCGAUGAGAAUGGAUUCCAAGCCCAUGGAUCUCACAUUCCAACGCCACCACCACUACCAAAGGAGCUGGUUGAGGCCUACGCUAAGGUGGGCAGUCACCCAGAGGCCCACCAUGAUACACCAGAAAGCUACAAGGGUCACUAAGCAGAUCCGGUAAUGUAGCAGCAUGCUGCAGAAGAAGAUCUCUUUCGAUGAGUACAUGCCAAAAUGUGAUAGUAGUUUGUCAGCCGGAUAGUGCCUUGUGAUAUAAUUCAAUGUUCAUAGUUAAAUUUUAAAAACAAAAUAAAAGAAAAAUAAGUAAAGGUAUGAAAUUAUUCAUUGAACAUAAAUUCACCAAAAAACAUCCGAAGUUGAUAGGGGUUUACGUUGGGAUAUGUGGAUAUAAUUCUAGCACAGAGAAUAAUAGAAACGAUUCGGCAAGCUGAAAAAUGUCUAUAUAGGUUUUUUUUUCGAAAAUUCUAUUGAAAUUACAAACAUA